CUGGGCGGGGCUGCACGAGUAGCUGCAGCGGCGGACACCACUCUCCUCACCCUCCCACCCCACGGUGGGCCGCGGGGCAAAGUAUUGGCGAUGGAGGCGGCUCCUUGGACAGCCAGGGUCAAGCUACGAUGCGGCAGAUACUUCCAUAAAGGGCUUAGAAGAAACUUCCUCCUUAAAAGCCUGAAAAACCAGCAUUUGUAACGCCUGUACUUGUGGAUAUAGACUGACAAAAAUGGCAGAAAAUAAUACUAAAAAUGUAGAUGUGAGACCCAAAACCAGUCGGAGUAGAAGUGCAGACAGAAAAGAUGGCUAUGUGUGGAGUGGGAAAAAGCUGUCUUGGUCCAAAAAGAAUGAACACUCUUCUGAUACUGAUGCACCAGGUGCCACAGAGAAAGCUGAUGGCCCUUUAGGGAGCCCAGAGAGAAAGCACAGCUGUUCAUCCAUUGAGUUGGAUUUAGAUCGCUCCUGUGGGCACAGAUUUUUGGGCCGAUCUCUUAAACAAAAACUGCAAGAUGCUAUGGGACAGUGUUUUCCCAUAAAAAAUUGUAGCAGUCGACACUCUUCAGUACUCCCUUCAAAAAGAAAAAUUCUUAUUAGUGAACUCAUGUUAGAUAAGUGUCCUUUCCCACCUCAGUCAGAUCUGGCCUUUCGUUGGCAUUUAAUUAAACAACACACUGCCCCUAUAACUCCAAAAUCAGAUAACCGGAGAAGCACAGACUUAUCUGAUAGUGACAUGAGGGAUGUCCAGCUGAAGGAAAGAGGUAACAGGGAAGAAAAUAUAAACUCUUUUUCACAUAAUCAAGUUCAGCCAUGUGACAUGGCUACUGAACACCAUUCACAUAAAUGUGAUCCAAAAACUGAUUCUGUAAUGAACCUGGCAUCUAAUAACAGUAUAGAAGAUAGCGAUAUGGAUUCGGAUGAUGAAAUUUUAACACUUUGCACAAGUUCUAGGAAAAGAAACAAACCAAAAUGGGAAACUGAUGAUGAAAUGCUGCAGUUGGAAACACCUCCUAAAUACCAUACCCAAAUAGAUUAUGUUCACUGCCUUGUUCCUGAUCUCCUUCAGAUCAAUAACAAUCCAUGUUAUUGGGGAGUAAUGGAUAAAUAUGCAGCUGAGGCAUUACUGGAAGGAAAACCAGAGGGUACCUUUUUACUUCGUGACUCAGCACAGGAAGACUAUUUGUUCUCUGUUAGUUUUAGACGCUAUAGUCGUUCUCUUCAUGCUAGGAUUGAACAGUGGAAUCACAACUUUAGCUUUGAUGCACAUGAUCCUUGUGUCUUCCAUUCUCCUGAUAUUACUGGACUACUAGAACAUUAUAAAGACCCAAGUUCUUGUAUGUUCUUUGAACCACUUUUAUCCACUCCUUUAAAUCGGACUUUCCCCUUUUCCCUUCAGCAUAUAUGCAGGACAGUUAUUUGUAACUGUACAACCUAUGAUGGCAUUGAUACUCUCCCAAUUCCUUCAUCUAUGAAGUUAUAUCUGAAAGAAUAUCACUAUAAAUCAAAAGUUAGAGUACUCAGGAUUGAUGUACCAGAACAGUAAUUUCAGGGAGGAUUGGUGGCAUUUGACUGACUGAUCACAUAAAAGCUCUUUCAUGACUUUGCCAAGUUUGUUUGGGGGUUGUUUGUUUUUUGGGUUUUUUUUGCCAUUUUGAAAUUUUCUCCAAAGGUAGAAUCCAAAUUAAUUUGUGCCCUAACCUUUAUUUCUAGAUCCUUUGGGAGAGGGGUAUGACUGGUAAUAUUAUAUUAUUUUGAUAUUACACACUACUUAAAGUUUUAUGUAUUUUAGGGAUUAAGUCUUCUGAGUUGCCUUGUAGCAGUUAUUCUUUAGAUUUAAAUUUUGUUCAUUUUGGAAAUUGUAAUUGGCAGAUCUACAGAUGUGUUUAAAUCAUUCUGUAAGUGGCAAACUGAAAAUUGGGUGAAAGACACUGCAGUGUCCGCCAUAUAAAGUAUAAUUUCUUUAUUAAUUUAGUUCUAACAUCACUAUUCCUAUGCAUAAAAUAUUAUUUUUCUAUCCCCUUUUUAACUAAUGCUUUUCUAUUCUUCCAGAAAAAUGAACUAUCGUGUUAAUAUUUAGACCAUGGUUCAGACUAACAUAGCAAACCUUCAUAAUUUAUUAAGAAUUGUGAUAAAGAUAACAACAAACUUACCUGCAGAUUAAAUGAUACAUCUGAUGGCAUAAGAAGCUUAUACAGCAACUGUCUGCAUAGUUUCCAGGUUAUUCUUUACUAUGGAUUCCAACAUCAGUUUCCUCUGUUUCUUCCUUUCCAUACCUUUCUAGACAAAAGCCCUUUAUUUAAGAAAACUUAAAUUGUAUUUUCAUUUGGGGGGUUAAUUUUGAAAGAAUUGAGUAUCAAAGGUUUAACAAAGUGAAUGAGCUUUAUUCUGCCAGUGAGGAUGAAGCAAAAAAAUUAUAUUUUAGAAGUAUUUUUAACUAUUUUAGAUAUAAUAAUACCAUUUAGUGUACUUAAAGAGAUCAUUUUCUAAGUAUUCUGAAAGAGUUAAAUAAUAGAGAUCAUACUUUCUCAAUGGAAAGCCUAAUAAAUGCCUGUAGUCGUAUAGUACUGUAGUAAUUUUAAAAUGAGUCCUCUGACUUCAAGCAGACAGUUCUUUUUUAUUAAUGUCAUAACAUUUAAGGUUUGGGACCACAUUCAUUUAGGAAAUGCUGUUCCUACAUAGCUUAAUUAGAGAGUUCCCUAGACUUACUAUUUUGUGCUAAACUCUACACAUAUAACUGCCACAGAUUUUCAUUGGGGACCAAAUAAGGCACCAAAUUUAUUAUUUUCCAUUAUUUUAGAUUGGAUUAAAGUCCAAUACCUGAGAAUUAGAUAGAGGGGUAAUAAUGACCAAGGUGCUUAUUUGUCUGGUAUUUUAAAGGAAAUUGAUCCACACAUUCCAAAUAUAAUUGUUCCUGUCUUCAAAAUUGAGUUAAGUCUUUAAUGUGGCCUUGGGCAAAGAGAGGGAACCAAAAAAAAAUGAUGACAACUAUAGUCACUAAUUUUGACCUAAUCUAAGGCAUAGUGAACCAGAACUAGUAAUGAUGGUUAAUGUUGACAAUAUUUUAAAUCUAUUAUUCUAAAAUUAGGAAGCAGUUUAUAAGUAACAUUUGAAUGAGGAUUGAGAGAAAUAUCCUGUCAAACAAUAUUCCAUUUAAAUAACUAAUUAAGAAAUUCUGUUUUUAUUCAAAUUUUAGUCUGUACCCAUAUAAUUCCUUGUCUUUCAGUGAGCUGCCAUUUUGCAUUUAUAGACUUUGUUAAGCUAAUUCAUGCAGCCUGUCUGUUUCCUUAUCAACUUUUUUUACUUUACUAACUCCUUGACUGGGGUCAAAGAAAUCCACUGAAAGAAAAAUCCAAAAUGGAAUAAAUGUUGUUCCAUAAUCAAUGUAUCAUUUAUUUUUAGGAAUAAUAUUUCUAUAUUUUGCUAGAAACACUAAUACUGCAUCUUUCAGUGAUAGCUGAAAAAUAAAAAUGUUAACACCAUUACCAAAAAAUCAGAAACCAGAAGAAUGGUUAACCUUUUAUGAUACCUUACAACCUAUACCUUUCAACUGAUGAUCUUCAGUUUGGCAAGUCUCCCUGCACAAAGAUUUUUGCCUUGAAAUGAAAAGUUGAUAAGGCCAUGGAUUAAUUUAAAUAUCCAAAUACUUAAAUUUACUCUCAAGAUAGCCCCUUCCAAAUCUAUAUUGCUUUGGGUAAGAGUAAGAAAGUCUUGUACAUUGGCUUAUCUAUUAUGAAUCUUUUAUCAAUAUAUUAGAAACCUGUCCUGGUUAUUAAAAUAACAUUUCUAAAUAUUCACUUUGGAGAGGGGAAGAAAAGCAAAUUGCUGUUCAUUUUUUAUUAUGAGGGGAACCUCCCUCCCAUCUGCAAUUUAACUUAUCAGAUAAGGGAAUUGAUAAGGAAAAUUUCUGUUUCUGUGAAACAAUAUUUUAAAUAUUUUUCUUUUUAAAACUUUUUAUCAGUACUAAUUAACCUAAUUUAAGACUUGCCAAGGGAGAGAAAAGCAUGGAUAAUUUUGAAAGGAAAUACAGAAUCUAAUUCUGUCAAGUCUUUUGAAAUAGGUAAAAAUUAAUGUUUAUAAAGAAAAGUCAUCUAAAUAGCUUCAUAAUAUUGUUUGAGCUGUGUUGUGGUAUAUUUCUGUGAUUUUCCUGUUCUUUCAACAUCUUUGUGGUACUAACAAAUAUAAAACUAUAAAUUUACAAUUGUAUUAGUAUCCAUGAAGUAGUUACCUGUUAUAAAAAAGAACAAGAAAUAGACUGAUCCAUCCUGACACAUUUUGCAUUUCCUCCCUUAUAUGCACUUCAGUAAGAAGGAAUUUAGGAAGUAGUAAUAAAAAGUCUUGAUAUUGGGAUGAUAGUGAUAGAGACAGGGGUGAGGUAGGGAUUGAUUUUGCAAUAAUUGUUAAAGAUUAAAAGAAUGAAAUUUUGAAGAGGGAAUCCUUUGGUUUUGGGGAAUGUAGUUUUAACAGACUAUCCGAUUAGUAGGUUUCACCUUCAGAAUACAAAAUCAAAGGAAGUUUUUAGGUGUAUAAUUACAUUGAGAGUAGAGUGUUUUAGUAAAAAAGACAAAGGAAGUUAAAUAAUUUGACUAAAAAUUAACCUUGUAAACAUGAGGCAGCUAUAGCAGACAAUUAAAAGGUACUCAUGAGAAAGCAUUUAGCAUGUUGGAACUGGGUAGAGCUUAUUUGGCAAGGGGAUGAAGCUAAAAGAAACAAGACAAAAUACUUAAAUUAAAAAUUAAGGCAUUACCUUAGGGAAAUCUUGACAGUGAAAGGGAGUUACUUAAUCACUAAUAGCUCAGCUGGACAAGACACUUAACUCUGAUGAAGGAAGAAGCUUUGCCGGAAAUCAAACUUGGCUUUCUAUCAAUUUUUCAAGACAUCCGGGCUUAGGGGUAUGGAGGGUGGGGAUGGGAAUUAUGCUUCAUCAUAUGCCUUUGAAAAAAGUUACUCUGAUAUUCUAGCUUCUUUGACAAAUUGUAUGAAACAGUCAUACAUGGUCUUUGUCUAACCACAAUGUGCACUUAAAUAAUUCAGCGAGAGUGCUUUAAUUUAAAAAGAAACCUAAUAGGAAGUGAGUUGAAGGAAGCUUUUAGUCAGCUUUGGGGCUAGAAUUAUUGAUUUCACGAUGAAUCCUGUGUUCUCUCCUGAAUUUAACUCUAGUCCAAAUGAAUGGCUUUAAUUUAAAAUUUGAACCCUUACAAACAAUAUGUUUUAAUAAAUAGAAAUAUUUUUAUCUUUUUUUUUAAUAGAACAGAUAUGGGAUACAGGACACAAUUUUUUGUCAUAAAUUCAUCAUAUUUUUGUCCCUACCAGUAAGAUGCAUUUAUUAUUUAUUCAUGAGCCAAAACCAUUAAGAGGAUAAAUCAAAUUAUCAGCUUCCUGUCUCUCUUUAGUUUAAAUCACUUUAAAGAUUCUAUAAUAGAAAGACAGCUUCCUUCCUAUGAGGAAAAUUAUGACCUAUCUUCUUUAAAAACAUAUACUUCCUUUCCUUUUAAAAUAAAUUCUGACAUUUUUCUUGUUACUCUUUAUUGCAACUAGAAUCCAAUAAGAAUCUUUUAUAUUGAUACGAUAUGGCACGUUUCUUUGAAAAAUAUUAUUUCAUUUAGGAAACUUUUUAAAUGACAAGUCAGUUUCACAAAAGGGAAAUUGUGGAUUAAAGCUCAAAAGAAUGAGCUAUCUAAAGUCAAGACUUUAAUCUAACAAUUUUAUUUUUCAUUUUUCCAUAUUCAAAUAAAAAUCAUCAUCUUAUUCCUAAAGAUAUCUGAAAGCACAAGAACAUAUUUUUAACUGGGCACACUGGGUUAUUGAACAACCAAGUACUGUAUGAUGUCUACAAUACUCAUUGUAAGUAGGGCUAAAAUUUUUUAUAUCCAUGGUUAACUAUUGUCACAGCCAUUAAAGGGUUGAAAAUUCAACUUGAGUAGAUUUUUAAUAUAGAUGUUGGGUGACCAAUAUAAAUCUUUUAAAAAAUACUACAUCAAUACAUAUAUCAAUAUGUACAAUACAAUACUAAUUCAUCAAGAAGUUAUGCCAAUCAGCACAUGAGCCACUGAAAGAGGAAAUGGGAACAAUAAAUCCCUAUCUUUAAUUUACUGUGUGACCUUGGGUAGACCGAUCUCUCUUUACUUCCCAUUUCCUAAGCUACAAUGUAAGUCAAUACUUGCCACCUGGCAUCCUUCAUUCUUUGGUGACAUUUGAACUCCUUAAAAGGUAAAUACUGUGCAACUGUAAGUUGUAAUAUGUGUAAGUGGUAAUAUGAUCAUAGAUGAUCUAAGUAUUCCCAUCGUGGUAGGCAAAUAGAGAAUUACCCUCCAUUACUUCUAGUCAAGGUUUAUCUUAAUUUGACAAUAGUCUUAAUUUGGCCCUGAGGAUCCCAUUAUCCCUAAAAUUGUAUCUGGUUAUGCUUAAAUUUUGUAUUUAAAUGAACCAUAGCAAUUUGGCACCCUCAUGAGAUUUUAUAAAGAUUCAAUUUUAGAAGUAAUCCUGUCCAAACUAUCUGAUGUUUUAAAAUUUAGUUAUUUAGGGAAAUAAAAACAAGGUUACAUUUAAUAUAUGCUUGAGCCACUGUAAAAAUCAAUUUGUGUUUACUUAAAAUCUAUGCUGCCUUUUCUAGGAUUAGAUAUGUAAAGAGUAUGAAUUGAAUGAUAAUAUGGUUGAUGAAGAAAAACUAGUUACUUCUUGUAACUACUGUAUAAUCUUGUUGGUUGUAGACAUAUUUUUAUUCCCUGUCUUCCACCAAAAGAAACAUACUGUAUUUCCAUUUUGCCUCCUAUUCUUGAAGUUGAAUGAAUGUUAGGUCAUUUUAAUAUAUUUCCUCAUAGAUGGAAGAGUUAAGAGAAAUUUAAGUUUUAAUUUCUUAAUUAAAAUUUGAUAAAUUAAA